UGCCCCCCGGCUACCUCUUCCAGCGCCUUUCGAGCCCCCACCCCCCUCCACACACACGUACCUGGGGACCUCGGACCGAGGAUAGUCUGGCCCCGAAUUGUAGCGGAGGCUUAUUUCCAGGGUCGCAGCCUCCCCGUGGAUGCACAGACCAGCUCCCAGCCCAGACAGCUUCUCUGCAGGAACCCCAGCCUCAUCAUGGACCCAGAGUGCUCCCGCCUCCUCCCGGCUCUCUGUGCCGUCCUGGCUGACCCACGGCAGCCGGUGACAGAUGACACCUGUGUAGAGAAACUCCUGGACUGGUUUACAACAGUGGCAGAAGAAGGAUCCAGCCUGCUGCUGCUGCAGGAGAACCCGUGCCUGGUGGAGCUGCUGUCCCACGCCUGCAGGUCCCAGGAGGUGAGCGUCCGCGUCCUCACCUUCGCACUGCGCCUUGCCGGGGUGUUCGCCGCCCAGGAAAGCUGCUUCCAGUAUCUCCAGGGAGAGCUGGUGCCCGGGCUCUUCGGGGAGGCGGGCCCCCUGAGCUCGCCCGCCUGGACCGCCCCCUCCGUGCGCAGCGGCUGGGUCCAAGGCCUGUGCUCCCUGGCACGGCACCCCAGUGCUGAACAGUUCUUGGCCACCAGUGGUGCCCUGGAGACCAUCUUCUCCCUGCAGGGCGACUCCAGCCUGUUUGUGGCCUCCGCCGCCAGCCAGCUCCUGGCCCAGGUCCUGGCUCUGUCCCUCCAAGACCCGGCCACUGCACAGUGUGUUUCGCUGGGUGACCGCUGGCCCCCAUGUGCCCAAAGCAUCCUGGGAUUCCUUGAGGGGUCCCUGCUCUCUGGGGCCGCACCACCAGUCACACAGGCGCUGAAGGUCCUGACCAGCACCUUCCGACGCUGCCACCAGCCCUGGACCAAAGCCCUGUGGGACCGGCUGGGCCCCCUGGUGGCCAGUCUCCUGGAGAAGGACCUCACUCCCACUGCCCGCUCACUCUCGGACCUCUUCCUCAGCAUGGGGCGGUCAGUCUGGGGCCCAGGGGUGGAGGCACCAUGUUCUCAGGGCCACGGGUCAUUGGAGGCCAACGGCUCCAGGUCUCGGGGCCCCUGGGGCACAGCCUCUCUGUUAGCAGCCCAGCGGCCGCCAGGGCCCAGCAACCUCACAGGCGGGCAGCUGUGUGCCAGGCUGCUCUUCCGCACCGCCUCCUGUGGGGUCACGCUGGUCUCCACCAGCCAGACCCUCCAUCCUGAGGAUGUGGCCCAGAGGUCAGAGGCCCUGCCCGCCGCGCCCGAGGGCAGCCCUGCCAUGGCCGAAGCCCUCCUGGCCUCCACCUCAUCCUGUGCCGGCCUCCUCUGCCACAGCCUGGCCCACCUGGGGGAGCUGCACCCACUGGUGGGCGUGGCUGGCCCCGCAUUGGAGGCGGGCACCCCGCCGCCCCAGCCUGACGCCCGGCCGAGCCCAGUCACCCCGCAGCCCUGGCCACAGGCGGCUCUGCUGGAGGCCACUGUGACCACCCUGUACUUCUGCAGCGGCUCUGCGGUGCCCACUCCCGGCCCGGGUGCCCACCUCUGCAGGCUGCUGGCCAGCUGCGUCCGUGUGCAGCGCGCAGCCCUAGACUUCCUGGGGACACUGUCUCAGGGCAUAGGCCCCCGAGAGCUGGUGACGCAGGUGUUCGCCAUCCUCCUACAGUACCUGAGCAGCCCAGACUCCAGGCCACAGUGA